AUGCCUGAACAUCUUGAUUCGAUUGGCUCGUGGCUAGUUCGAUUAUUCACGAACAUAUUUUUUCAGCCAGACGAUAUAGUGUCAAGUCGAACGUUCAUUCACGGGAUAAGCCGUGGCAUCACAGUCAGAAUCAAUGGAAACUAUAUGACAUACGAUGAAUUUCGGGAUGCAAUCGAAGACGCUCGCGCUAAAAACUACAUAUCAGAGCAACAAAACGAUGAACUACUCGAGUCGCAGACCGAUCCGAAGGGCACUAGUGGCUCGGUUGCCCAGCUUUCUCAAUUCACCUUGAAAGACAAGGUCACCGGGAAUGUUACCAAUUCAUCGACCGUGAUAUUAGCCACGAUCGAAUGGGCAGAGGGGAAACGGGUUUUGACACAGUUGACUGAAGUAUCAAAGUAA